AUGGCUCGUACGAAGCAGACAGCCUGUAAAUCUAGCGGUGGAAAGGCUCCAAGGAAACAACUUUCUAUAAAGGCUGCAAGGAUAUUAGCCCCUACCACUGGAAGAGUGAAGAAGCCACAUCGUUACCGCCCUGGACUGUUGCUCUCCAAAAAUAUCAGAAGGGUACUGAGCUUCUCAUUAGGAAGUUGCCUUUCCAAAGGCAUUGUCUGUGAGAUUGCUCGGGAUUUUACUACAGAUAUGAUAUUCAGCUUGCAAGGUGAAUUCGCGGAGAACAAACUUAAGCUUAUCAUGAUGUUGAUUAGUGAUCAGUCUCUUCUUG